AAUACUGUAUCUCAUUGUAAGUAUCCAACCUAAACCAAUCUCCCACUGGGUACUGAAACUCAGUCGCAAGUAACUGUACUUUGUGCUUCUUGAUCUCUGAAAUCACACAAUCCUCCAAAAAAAUAUUCAGAGUCAGAGUCAGAAGCUAAGAAACGUAAUCAGAACAAAACUCACACACUCACAUUCCCUUCUGCACCUGAACAUCACCUUCACUCUCGCACUAGGGUUUACUCAUCCAUGGCGCAAACCUUCAUCUCUCUCUUCUUCCUCGUCUUCACCUCACACGUCCUCUCACGCAUCUCUGGACAAUCCAGCUCCAUGGAAUCGGUUCCUGAUCUUCAGAAAUCCAUGUACACUGUCGUCAAUGCGUAUCCCUGUGUGCGCCUGCUAAACCUUUCUGGAACCAUCGGUUGUUCAAAUCCCGGGCGUGAUAAGGUUGCGGCUUCUAUUGUGAGGUUCGAGAAUGUUGAUGACAUAUCAGAGCCAUCUGCUAUAUUAGUGUCAUCGGAUGAGUUUCCAUCUCUCUUUACUAGAAUAUCAGAUGACCCAGGCUUUGCAAGUAAAGUUGGUGGUGUACUGGUUGAAUCAAGAACUGGUUCGCAUAAUACGUUAAAGGGAUUCUCUCCGGAUCGAAAGUUUCCUCAAGCUGAGUUUGCUCCUUAUCAUAAUUUCAGCCAUGAAUGGAAUCCAACUGGUUCUGGUAUUAUGUGGAAAUCCUACAGUUUUCCAGUGUUUUUACUCACUUCUGGUGGCACAAAGACUCUUCAAGAGUUUGUGUUAAAGAAUGAGGAAAAAAAGAAAGCUUAUACUUCGAAUGUUGCUGAGUUCGAUCUGGUGAUGCAGACGGUGAAAUCUGGAACACAUGAUUCAGAGUCUUGUUUAAAAGAAGCAACAUGCCUCCCUUUAGGUGGAUACAGUGUCUGGUCAUCUCUUCCUCCAAUCAACAUUUCGUCCUCAAAACCUUCUAAGCCCCUUAUAUUGACUGUAGCGUCUAUGGAUUCUGCUUCAUUUUUUCGGGACAAAAACCUAGGCGCAGACUCUCCUAUUUCUGGUUUAAUUGCAUUACUGGCAGCAGUUGACGCACUUUCUCAUUUGGAUGGUCUGGGUGACCUUAGUAAACAGCUUGUUUUUGUAGUUUUCACUGGAGAGGCGUGGGGUUACCUUGGAAGUAGGAGAUUAUUGGAAGAACUUGACAUGCACUCAGAUGCUGUUCAUGGCCUGAGUCACUCACUAGUAGAAACGGUCAUUGAAAUUGGUUCUGUUGGAAAGGGUCUCAGUCAAGGUGCUAAAAACUUUUUUGCUCAUGCAGAAGGGGAUUCUUCUGCCACUAAUCAGACAAUGGUGGCCUUGAAGCGUGCACAAGAGUCACUGCUAUCUGAAAACAUAAAGAUAGCAGCUGCAAGUGCCUCAAAUCCUGGGAUUCCUCCAUCAUCUUUAAUGACCUUUUUGAAAAAGAAUCCUGGAAUCUCUGGCGUUGUCUUAGAAGAUUUUGACUCUGUCUUUGUCAACAAGUUCUAUCAUAGCCAUCUUGAUGAUUUAUCAAAUGUGAACUCAUCAUCUGUAGUUGCUGCCGCUUCUCUUAUAGCCCGGACCCUUUACAUACUUGCUAGUGAAACUAAAGAUGUACAGGAUUCAACCUUGGCUGCUAUAAAUGUAAAUGUCUCACUUGUUGAACAACUAAUGGAUUGCUUGUUGGACUGUGAUCCUGGUCUUUCUUGUGAUUUGGUGAAGAAAUAUAUUUCACCCUCUUCUACCUGUCCGAGCCAUUAUGUUGGUGUUAUCAUGGAUGAACCUUCGUCUACACCUAAUCCAGGAUAUAUUAAUGAUGUUCCCCGGUUCAUCUGGAAUUUUCUAGCAGACAUAACUUCUAUUCCGAGGAAGAAUAAUAGCUCAGGUUGUCAACAAGGUUGCAAUGGUAAAGACGAGGUUUGCAUUAAAUUAGAGACUGAUGGGAAGGGAGUUUGUGCUCUCUCUACAACCAGGUACGUUCCAGCAUAUUCUACACGGUUAAAAUUCGAAUCAGGAAUGUGGAGUGUUGUGGCUCCCAAUUCCUCUGACGACAUGGGGGUUGUGGACCCUGUCUGGACAGAAAGCAACUGGGAUUCAAUAGGUAUGCGGGUCUACAUAGUCCAAAUUCCUGGUUACGAUCGUCUUGUUCUGUUUGCGGGUGUCGCUUUGACAAUCUUGGCAUACCUUGCAAUAGCAAUCACAAGAGCUUUAGCUGACAAAGCAAUGAAGAGGGAUUGACAUUUUAUUUCCGGAAAUUAACUUAACUUUAUGAAACUAGGGAAAAAUUAAAUGAGGUCAUUUGAUGGGCAAAUUACUAGUUCCUGAUGAAUCCAAGGAUGUGCAUUAUUUGGGCCGCAUUCUUGUGCUUAUGAAUUCAAUUUUGGAAUGCAACAAGCUCAUUUUGAUCACUUGUAGGUAGUGUAUGGAAAUGUCAUGAAAUAAGGGUCAAAAUAUAGCUUCUUGAGUUGUGUAUUUAAUUUCCCUUUGUCAAUAUUGCGCUGUAAAUCUCUAGUUAGUACCAACACAAUUUUUGUUUGGUUAAUUAUAUUUUCUACUAUUAUCAAUUUAUCAUGACUGAAGGUUUAAUUUA